CGCUCCCUCAGCGUGCGCAUAGGGCUUUGAAGUGUAACCAACAACUGCUCUCCCGGAGUCAAGGCUGCAGCCUGAUAUAUGAUGGGUAACGUACUCCAGGAGCUCCAAGCCGUGAAUAGAGCAGCAUGUCCCGGUGCUCUGUACGGGAGGUCGCUCUGAACUUGCACUAAGGCCAAUUUAUCCUUACACCGAAACAGAAACGUUCGGAGAAUAAGGAGGGAUUGGGCUAAAACUACUUAGACACUAAGCAGGAGAACAUGUCGAUCCUGACAGACUAUUAAUGUAAAGGGGCGCAUACGAGCGUACAGUUAAGACACAUACCGACAGCCGAGAGAAGCUGGUCUGUUCCUCAGCUGGAGAUCAAUGGAAGCCACGGUAACAUAUGGAUACAGUAUAGAAGAAUGGCGUGCUGAUGUAGGAUGGCAAGUCGGGGAUGCACGUUGUGCCGACUGAGACAGUGUGAGACCACAGAUGGACACUCUGUGUAAUGGAGCCAAGAAACCUGAGGGCAGUGAUCCCAUUGUAGACCCCCGGCCCCCUCCUGCCAAGCUGGCUCGACUGGAACAAAACGGACUGGGAUCCUUGGCCCAGGAGAGGAGCAGGCAGGGGAGCCCUGUGGCCAAAAACCCAUCCCUGGCCCAGAAAACCAAUACAGUGAGGCCACAGGACAAAAACUGGCACAGCAGAGGAAGCCUGCUGCCGGUCUUCUGUGUGGUGGAGCACAGGGAAAACCCUUUGGAGGGAGAGAGGAGAGAAGAGCAUGCUGAGUUUGUGUUGGUCAAGAGAGAUUUGCUGUUUAACCAGCUGAUAGAGAUGGCCCUGCUGACGCUGGGGUACUCACACAGCUCUGCCGCACAGGCUAAAGGUCUGAUCCAGGUGGGCAGGUGGAACCCAGUGCCUCUCUCCUGUGUAACAGAUGCUCCUGACGCCACAGUGGCUGACAUGCUGCAGGAUGUUCACCAUGUUAUCACCCUUAAGAUUCAGCUGCACAGCUGUCCCAAAUUGGAAGACUUGCCAGCUGAGCAGUGGAGUCACUCCACAGUGAGGAAUGCGCUGAAGGAGCUCCUCAAGGACAUGAACCAGAGCUCCCUGGCCAAGGAAUGCCCACUGUCCCAGAGUAUGAUAUCAUCUAUUGUAAAUAGCACUUACUAUGCAAAUGUCUCAGCUGCCAAGUGUCAUGAGUUCGGUCGAUGGUACAAACACUUCAAAAAGACCAAAUGCUUCAAGGAAACUGACAGCUUUUCUGACCAGUCCACACAUAUCACCCUCACCCAGCAGCCAAUCACAACUAACCCCCCUGAACAGAGCUCAAGCCUUCUUUUUCCUCGUGGAGCAGUAACUAACAUACAUGGUCACUCCUCCCUCGGUCUACACCCUCCUGGGUUGGUAACCCAACCACUCAGCUCCCAAAUGGUCAACCAGCAGCUGGUGAUGGCGCAGUUUCUCAACCAACAGUAUGCUGUUAGCCGCAUGCUAGCUAGCCAGGGUCUCUCACCAUCUCCACAGCAGUAUCUCAACCACCCCCCUGUAGGGAGGGCUCCUGCCAAGGUCUUCUCCAUAGCCCCUGAUUCCCAAGCCCCGCAGCAGGCACAAGGUGGCCCAGGAGGAGGCCCUGCAGCUGGGCCGCAAAGCCAGACGAUGGGUGGGCUGUCUGUGGGGCCAUAUGAUGUGCCAAGUGACAUCUACCAGUGCGUGAGGGAGGAACUGAAGAGAGCUGGCAUCUCCCAAGCCAUCUUUGCCCGAGUUGCCUUUAACAGGACACAGGGCCUACUGUCAGAGAUCCUGCGUAAGGAGGAGGACCCCAAACACGCCUCCCAGUCUCUGCUGGUCAACUUGCGUGCCAUGUACAGCUUCUUGCAGCUCCCAGAGGCGGAGAGGGAGCGCAUCUACCAGGAGGAAAAAGAAAGAAGCCUGACUGGAUUCACAACAAGCUGCAACAACACACCGCCAAGAUCCACGCAGGCAAGAUUGUCCCCAGUUACAGCAGACAGAGGGUUGAGGACAGACAGCUGUGUUCUCAGUGUCAGCGCUUCUAUCUAUGAGGAGAUCCACCACGAGAUGAAGAGAGCCAAGGUGUCUCAGGCCUUGUUUGCAAAGGUGGCUGCCUCGAAGAGUCAGGGGUGGCUGUGUGAGCUGCUGCGCUGGAAGGAGGAGCCCAGUCCAGAGAACCGAACCUUGUGGGAGAACCUGUGCAUGAUCCAGCGGUUCCUCAGCCUGUCCCAGACCGAACGAGACGCCAUCUAUGAACAGGAAAGCAGCACAAGUGCACAGCAGCACUGCACUGACAGGCUCACACUGAUCAGCAGUGAUAAUGCUCUGUACCAACGUAACUCUCCACUGCCACAACAACACCAUCUUCAACCCCAUCAACCGCUGCAGCCUGAGGCAGGACUACACCUGUCUCCACGGCAACCAUGCACUGCAUCACCAGCAGAGUGUGAGGUUGGGGGUAAAUCUGGGCACUUGAGAGUACGUUUGCAGGGCAGGAGUAGCAGCAUCAGUGAGAGAGGGGACAGUAAGGACUGGGUUGAGGGGGGAAGAGGGGACAGGAGCAGUGUGGGAGGAGACUGGGGUUGUAGUGGAAGUGUGAUGGAUAAGAGUACAGGAAGCACUGAGCAGGUGAGGGAAGGAAAUAUGUGUGAGGAAGGCAGAAAUGUGAUUACUGGAGACAGCAAAGAGGGCAGGGUUAAGGAGAAACUGUCUGUGAUGUGGCCUAGCAUGAAAAAUAAGGUAUGGGCUGGGGUUUGUUCUGAGGCUGAUAAUGAUGUAAAAGGUGAACAGCAGGUGCAAUGUGAGGGCUUAAAAUUGUCCCAUGAAACACUGGGAAUCCUGCAGAGCUUCAUCCAUGAUGUGGGUCUCAACCCAGAUGAAGAGGCUGUCCACACCCUGUCAGCUCAGCUCGGCCUGCCCAAACACAUUAUCCACAGCUUCUUCAACAGCCAGGACUAUGGACAGAAUCAAGAAGAUGACCAGUAUCAACACCAGAGCCAGAGCCCAAAACAAGUCAACCAGCACAACUGUACAGACCCACACUUCUUUGAGGUUGACAUGACUACAGAGGAAAAGGAGGAGCACAGUGGUGCAAAGACAGAUGCAGAACAAAAAGAGGAGGGGGAGAUGCAAAGCAGAAGAAAUGAAGCAAGGGAGAUCACUGUUUUAAAAGAAUCAGAUGCAUGCAUUCAAACUGUUCCCCCUAUGAAGGAAGAGCCGGAGAACUACAUUUAGCCCAAACACAUCUAUACAGCACUUACAACACAUCACUGGUCCACUUGCAACUCAGCCACUUUUAUACACUGUACAAGUAGUGACACACAAAGUGUCUUGGCAUGGAAAUCUUAUACAGGCGUUUGUCCUUAAAGGCUUUGGAGUGAUUUGAGGGUCCUUAAUGCACUUGAGACAGAAAAUUACUGUGACUAUAUGUACAGAUAAUGUUAGUAAACGGGUUCUGUGUGUAUAUACAUACGGUAUGUCUGGAUUAAUGGGAACCACUACAGUGAAAUUAAAGUUGUAGCUGGUUGACUGAUGUAAAUUUUAAGAUAUGUUGAAGCCAGAAAUGCCUUGUAGAAAGUGGUGCUGCCUGUUUGCUUUUCUAUUAUUAAUAUCUUGUUUAUAUGAUGUUUUAGAGGUGCUUUGUGUUUUAGAUUGAAAAGUUCAACUGUUUCCUUUGGGAAUCUCUCUGUUAUUUCCUAUGUUGUUGUCACACUGUUAAAUAUCAGGUUUCUGGUUUCUGUUUUAACCUAAAUGUUUAUUUGGGGAAACAAAUCAGUUAUUGGAUUCAUGUAAGGCACUAAUGCCAUGAUAACAUUAUACAGUAGCCUAUGUCAUGAGCUUCAAGAAUUAUCAUUUGAAAACAAUAAGAAUAAUAUAUGACAUCCUGUGCAGUUAAAUGGAUCAGCAAACAAAACAAUGAGUUACUAAACUGAUCAAGUUCCUGUUCAACUGUAUUCACAGUAUCAACUCUGGUUAUGUUUAAUAAAGAGCCAGCUUGCUUCUGAACACUUCACAGUUUAAAUACACUACUACAGUAUCUACUGAUGCAUGAAUUUGCAGAUUUCUGUAGCUUCUGUAAGUAUUUGAUUUUUAUUAUCAGGCAAAGCAAAGGCAGACAAUGCAGAGACAUGAUUAAAAUAAGAUUGUUGACUUGUAAGAGUGACACCAUACAUCAUGUAUAAAUGUAAACAUUAACUCUGUCUUAAUUGUAUGUUUGUGUAUGUCAACCUGUUCUAUCUGAUCUUCCAGUGGAAAAUUUUUGAUCAAAGUAAGAUUAAUAAAGAUUUAUGGGUUUGAGAGUAAGCAACCACAGAUAGCAUUUAACUUAAAGAAUAAAUUUUGAUAAUUUUGUUUGGCAUACAUUCAACUUUUCUCACUCGUAAAACUGUGACAUGUCUCUCACCAGGAAACACAGGUUUCAAAUGUCAUACGACAGAUAUCUGCAGGAGCACAC